CAGCUGAUGAAAAAUAUAGACAUUGACAGAACUGCAGCAUGCUUCUACAGUAUAAUAAACAGAACUUUAUUGUGCUUUUUAUGUGGAUGCUAAUAUAGUUAGCAUUCUUGGUGUGAAGGAUGGAAAGCAUUUUGAACUGUCAUUAUGUAUUUACAAUUUUUACAAAUUACUAAUACUAAUUAAUCAUUUAAAGUUCAAGAUUUAGUCACCCAUACUAAUCAACUAAUAUUCAGAGUACCUGCAGACUGUGUAAAUAUGUUUAGAAACUAAGAUAAGUAACACAGUUAGCUACAUGCUAACACAAAUAAUAUAAUUCAGGGGGCUGUGGUGAUUUUUUGUAUGAUGUGGUUGUAUGUCUCAAUACAGGCAUACCUUCUUACUACAUACUCAGCUGCAGCUCUGUACUUUAUCAGCAGCAGCUGAAGUGCAUUUAUUCAGCAUGUAGCAAAAGGACGUGAGGUUUGCAACCAGUAUAGGCUACUGAUUAUCUAAAGAGGUAAGACAAAAUUCUACAUUUUGUACAUUUUGUUCUACUAUUUUGCGUGAGAAAGGCACGAGUUUGCAGUUUUUUCAUUGCACACAAUGUUGCAGCUAUCAGAGUUUCCUCUGAGCAAGAUAAGGCAUGUUUCAGACAGAUUUACAAAAUGCCAGGCGCCUGAUAAUACUACGGGUAUUUCUACAUAUCAGAUCAUUUAUACAACUCAUUAGCUCAGCAGAGAGAAAAUUGUAUCAUUAAUUUUAUUUUUGGUUAGUUUUUUUCAUUUUGUUUUGUGGAUUUUUUGUUGAGUGCUUUUUAAUCUUUUUUUCAUUAAUUCUCUGAUUUUUAUUAAUUGGUUCAUGCACUUUAUUUUAACUAAAUGAUUAUUUAAUACUAAGGAAGUAGGCACUUUGAUUGUUAAAGGUGAUUGCAGGUUUGUUUUUGCAGCUAGAAUGCAUGCUAUGAAGCAAACGUUACAUUUUUAGCCCUACAAAUGUACAAUUUGUUCGCGCAAAAGCUGUUCAGCCCGAUUAGCAACUUUUCCGUAUGCAGACUUGUAGAAACAUUCUUAACCUGAUUUUUAAACUAUAUGUGCAGGAGCACCUUUAAAACGUCUGCUGCAAAACCUGAAAGUGAAAGAUGAAAAAAAGACACUGUGACAUACAGUAGAAAACCACAAAUAAAAGUUUGACAUUUGUAACUUUUAAUCUCCUGAAUCACUGCGCUAAAUGUCAGCUGCACUCAUUUAUAGAAUCUGUCAUAACGUGGGGAAAGUCACAUCAAAGAUGUUUCUGACUGGAAAUGUUACAGAUGUGUUAUUAGUAUCAUUUUCUAUAAUAAUAAUAAUAAUGAAAAAAAAACAAAGAAUGAUUUUUUUGGCCUGUUCAGGAUGUAUUCUGAUCCUCCCUUUGAUAUAAUAGCUGUAUGUGGUAAACAUUUUCCUUGCUAAUGUUAUAUUACGUUGUAUAUGGUUUAAAAUCUCCUGACUGAAUGUGCCUACCUGCAAGAGUUUGAGAGUUUAACGCAUGAUUCCAUUCGUGAAGUUUGGUGACGCGAGAUCCUCGAGAUGCCAUCUUCGCUAAUGAAAGAUUUGUAGAUAAAAUUUGAGGUUGAGACCUCCUACAUAAACAGGAACUCCUCUGUAUAUAAAGCCACCUUGAUGCCCUUCACUGUCUCAGACUUCAGCUUUCGCACUUUUAUGUAAUAUUUCUCUAUUGCUUCAGAAUAGAUUUGUUGUGUGAGUUCUGACCAGGCUGAAGUCUGAAAGAGCGUGUUCUUACGCUUUUGUACAAGAACGAUGAGCCGCAUUGGGAUUUUCUGCAUUUUCUUGGCUUUUUCAGCGCAGGUUAAAGCCGCUUCACACGGACGCAUCUGUGUGUCAGAUUACUGGUAUACCAUCAGCUGCUCUUUAAAGCUACCAAUCGCAUCCUCUAGAAACAUAUCAUACUGGCUGGAGGCUCAUUCGAUCAUCAGUAACCAGAAUUAUAGCUGCCAACCUCAGAGAGUACAUGAAGAUCACGUCUGCAAUUUCACAACAGAAAAUAUUUUCAAGAGUUUUGAUAAAUAUUCAAUGACACUUUAUUAUUCGGAAAACGGAACCACGAAUUCGUCUCUAUUGGAUGGUUCUUUUAAACCGGUGAAAAACAUUAAAACAAAAACCCCAUUUAAUCUGACGCUGCAGUAUGCAAAUGGAACGUAUCGUUUCUUUUGGAAGAGUGGAUACGAAAAUCAUGACUACCGUGAAGCUCUGCCCAUCAUAUACGAAUUCAAAUACCACAAAGAUGGAGAUACCACAAGUCAGGUCAAUGUUCACCCGAGCAAUGAAGUGGUUCAGCUUGACGAAACGAAACUUGAUCCGAACACUGUGUACACUGUGAUGGUGAGGAGCACGGUUGAUAAAAUAAACGGAUACAGUGGAACGUGGAGCGACUGGAGCAGCUCAGUGAAAUGGAAAACGGCACACAAAGAUGAGCCCAGUCAACUCGGCAAGAUUGGCAUUGGGAUAUUAGUGUUGGUCAUACUUUUAAUUCUGCUUAUGUCCAUUCCUGCUGCCAGAUUUAAGAUGAAAGAAAUUUCUUGGGUGCCAACACCAGCAACGUACUUCCAGCCGCUUUAUCAGAAUUACCAAGGCAAUUUUCAGUGUUGGGUUUUGGCAAAAAGUCCUUUACAAGAUUUUCAAGUUAUGGAAGACUUUUCAAAAAUUGACAAGAUUUCCGAGGUUCUUACCACACUGCAGGACCAGGUGGAGAAAACAGGCAUGUAUCUGUCAGGAGAGUCCCACACACCAUAUGUGGGCCCCACAGCUGAGGUCUGGGCCCCGUGCCAACUGCCCGAUACGCUCAGCGAAACGAGUAUCCCGUGUGAGGAAUUUUCUUUGUUCUGCGAAGAGUUGCCUGAUAAAGUGGACAACCUCUUCCAGUCUCUGAACUUGACGUGUCUGAAUGGAGAUGUUCUGUCUCUGAAGGACUCGGCUCUCAGUCUCGAGUGUCUUGAGGACCACGAGGCUUCUGAAGCACCGGUUAUCAUUAACCCAGUGCCUACGUGCUUCAAACAAGACUACUGCACUCUUACCAACACCCCCACAGGCCCCGUUCCCACCUUCACCAGAGAUGUACAGCAGGACGAUAAAACCUCCAAAGAUUAAAUGCAGGUAGACAUUACACCAAGGACGUCUAUAGAUAUGUAGAUAUUUUACACUCUUAAUAAUGCUUAAAAGGUUCUUUACGGUGAUGCUAUAAAAGAACCAUUCUGCCAAAAACCAUCUCUUUCUUUUUAAAAUUUGAAGAAUCUUCUUUCACUACAAUUAACCUUUUGUCAAACAGAAAGGUUCUUCUGACGUUAAAGGUUGUCUUCAUCGUAAAGCACCUUUUUUUAAGAAUGUGCUGAUCAUUUAUGAAUAUAUUAUUUAUGUGCUGGAACAAAAUGUAAUUUUUUUAAUAAUAUAAACAAGACAUUCUUGUACUGUACUUCAACAAAAACAAGUAGCUUUUAUACUUCUACUCUAGUUGACAGUUUAAGUGAGAUUUUAGUUUGAGACAUUUCGUAGUUGACAUUGCGAGUGAAGUUUUUGUGUGCACUGAUUGUAUGAUUUUGUGUUUUUCACUUUCUUUUUUUAAUUUCGUUAAGUAAUAUUAGUGCGGAAUGUACUGUAUUUCCAUUUGUGGAAUAAAACAAUGAGUAUUUAA